AUAUGUUAUGAAACGUAGAAUCAACCUCGCUAGCCAUGAAGCAUCUUUGUAUGCAAGUGAAUUAUCAGCUGAGAAAAAUUUUGAAGAGUCCCGGUCUCUGAAAAAAGUUUUUCGAUAUGGUAACUACACUCAAUAUUAUGGGUACAGAAAUCCUUCCAAAUGUGACGACAGCAGACUCAGAUACAUACCGUUUUGCUGGAUGAAAAGCAAAACAAUUUUAGACGUUGGCUGCAAUACAGGACACUUUACUCUGUCACUUGCUCGAAAAAUGCGACCAAAUAAAGUUGACGCAAUCGAUAUUGACAAAAACUUAAUUGGAAUUUCAAGGCGAAAUAUUUUACACUAUGAAUCAACAAAUAGUUGCAAAAACGAUGAGUCAAACAUAAAUAAUAAUAUUGCUCCCAUUAGUGAAAAAACAGGGAAUUGCGAGGGGAAAACGAUCGGUUGUGUUUGUGAAAAUUUAGAGCAAUAUCACGGAGAUGAGAGGAAAGUGUCGCAAAUAGUGAAUUUUGCUUGCUCAAAUUUUGUUUUGACAUCCUCAGCUUUAGUAGAAAUGUGUAAACCGGAGUAUGAUGUUAUUCUCAUGUUAUCUGUAUCAAAAUGGAUCCACUUGAAUUUCAGAGAUGAAGGUUUAAAAAGGUGUUUUGACAGAGCUUAUAAGCAGCUGAAGUCUACUGGAAUACUUAUCCUGGAACCUCAGCCUUUUGAAUCGUAUAAAAAGAAGAGAAAAAUUGAUCCUGAUAUAGCGAGAAAUUUUCAAACAAUUCAGUUUAUGCCUGAUCAAUUUCAUGCGUAUUUGACUGGAAUAGGUUUUAGCCAUUGGAAAGUGUUAAACGAUGAAACACAAUCUUCGUCUAGUUUUGAUAAACGACCGAUUAUUGCAUACUUUAAAGGAGAUGUGAAUUCUUUCUUGUGUUCGACCUCAAAAAUUAUAAAUGAGUCAACUGUUUCAUAAAUUUCAUCAACUUUUAUUUGUGAAGUUUUGUCUAACUGAUGCUACUUUUCAACUUGCCAAAUUCUUUUGUGUUCUUUGCGACUAAAUUUAAGGUUUUGAAAGAAUUGCUUUCAGUUUUUGUUCAUUAUGAAUCUUUGGUUUGAAUAUUGAACAAAGUGAUACUGAACCUGCCAUUCAUCUCUUUGUAAUUUAUCUGACUUAUUCCUAGAUCUGAUAAGUCUUAAGUAUAAUAUGACAUGAAAAAAGACUAAACUCAGUAUAUGAUGGAUAUAAACCAACAGUCUAAAAAUUUUGUUGGGAGUUAUUUGUCAGGCAGCACAAAGAGCAAGCUGACGUACAAAGCGAGCGAAUUUUCUGUCUACUGAUUAUAAAUUAAUGAAAGUUACUUUCUUUCCUGAUUUGAAAAAUCCGGGGAUACAAAACACUCAGGAAAGAUAAUUGCAAUUUCAAAAUUGU